AUGAAUGAUGAAAAUGGAGAAAGAAUUGUGCAAACUGUCCUGCCAGAAUUUUCCCAAAGUGGUGUCUGCUUUGCCUUUGUGGAACGGAUCCCCAAAUACAGUUUUGACAAUAAAAUUACUGUGCUGCUACAAUUGGGUGUAAAACUAUAUGACCAAGUCAUGGGUAGCAAUGCUAAUGCAGUGGUAGUGUUUGGAAACUCUUAUUCCACAGUGACUUUGAGAUGGCUUCCAUACCUACCAACACUGGAGAAAACAAUAAAUAAGCCAAGAGGAAAGGUGUUGAUAAUGACAGCCCAGAUGGAGCUUGUCUCAUUUUUCUUUCAAAGGGACUGGGAUACAGAAAUGUUCCAUGGUGCUAUUGCUUUCACACUUCAUUCCAGUGACCCACCAGGAUUCAGGACUUUUCUUGAGGACAGGAAUCCUUUUAACACCAAAGGAGAUGGCUUUAUCCAACACUUCUGGCAGCAGGCCUUUCACUGUAUGCUUCCAAGUACAAGUGAGAGACACAUGGCAAAUGGGGACAUUUGCACUGGGGAGGAGAAGCUGGAGACCCUCCCAGCACCAUUCUUUGAAAUGAACAUGGCAGAAUACAGCUACAGCAGCUACAAUGCAGUGUAUGCUGUGGCACAUGCUCUCCAUGCCUUGAGUUCAUCCAGACCCAUAGAUAGAGCAAAGGUGAAUGGAGGGAGACAGAAGCUUCAGAAGCAAUCCUUGUGGCAGGAGCUUCACCACUUUCUGAGAGCUGUUUCAUUUAAUAAUAGUGCUGGGGAAGAAGUUUCCUUUGACCAAAAUGGAGAAUUAGUAGUGGGAUUAGAUGUGAUCAACUGGAUUGUGUUCUCCAACCAAUCUUUUCAGCGCAUACACAUUGGAAAUGUGGAUCCCCAGGCUCCUCCAGGCCAAGCACUCUCCCUCAAUGAAGAUGUCAUCACAUGGCCCAGAUGGUUCAAUCAGGGACAGCCAAUUUCAGUCUGCAGUGAAAGUUGUUCUCCUGGUUUUGUAAAGAAAGUGAAGGAGGGGGAGCCAUUUUGCUGCUACGACUGCAUCCCGUGCCCUGAUGGGAAGAUUUCAACAGACAUGGAUAUGAAUGAGUGUCAUGAAUGCCAAGAUGAAACCUCUCCAAACAGGAACCGGGACUUUUGUAUUCCCAAGACUGUAACCUUCCUGUCCUAUGAGGAAUCUUUGGGUUUCAGUUUGACCCUCAUUGCCCUUUUCUUCUCCUUCCUCACACUUCUGAUACUGGGCAUAUUUGUGAAGCACCACAACACUCCCAUCGUGAUUGCCAACAACCGGGACCUCACUUACGCACUCCUCUUCUCCCUCCUGCUCUGUUUCCUUUGCGUGUUCCUCUUCAUUGGCCAGCCCAAGCGGGCAAUGUGUCUUCUCCAGCAAGCAGCCUUUGGUAUUAUCUUUGCCAUGGCCAUUUCCUCUGUGCUAGCAAAAACCAUCACUGUGGUGGUGGCUUUCAUGGCCACCAAGCCGAGAAGCAGGAUGCGGAAAUGGGUGGGGAAAGGACUGGCCAUUCUUGUAGUUUCUGUCUGCUCCCUCAUCCAAGUAGGCAUCUGUGUGGGGUGGCUGGCAACUUCUCCCCCUUUCCCAGAUGUGGACAUGCACUCAGAGCAUGACAAACUGGUCCUCAAGUGUAACGAGGGAUCGGUGACAAUGUUAUACUGUGUGCUGGGCUAUCUGGGCUUCCUGGCCAGUGUGAGUUUCAGUGUGGCUUUCCUUGCCAGGAAACUGCCUGACAGCUUCAAUGAAGCCAAAUUUAUCACCUUCAGCAUGCUGGUCUUCUGCAGUGUCUGGCUCUCUUUUGUUCCCACUUACCUGAGCACCAAGGGAAAGUAUGUGGUGGCUGUGGAGAUCUUCUCUAUCUUAGCCUCCAGUUCAGGACUGCUAGGUUGCAUCUUUUCCCCCAAAUGUUACAUUAUUGUGUUGAGACCUGAGAUGAACAAAAAGGAACAGCUGAUAAGGAGAAAAAGUUGA